GAUUCUUUUGUUCCAAAUCAAUCAAAAAAACGAGGAAGACGGACAGACAUGAGCGGAGCAUCUGAAUCAGGAAACCCAGCGUCUGCAGACAGUAUUUAGAUUAAUAACCAGCUAUAACAGAUCGAGCCGGCGCUGCUGCAAGCCUCCGUUAUACACUGAGCCACAAAAUCCACAUUUAAGGAGAGGGAAAAGUUUCCGGCCGAUCUUUCCAUUAAUAUGCCACGCAAGAAGGUCACUGAUGUCUCUGGGAAUGGUGGAUUGAAGAGAAAAAGAGCAAGCGGUAAAAAGAAAGAAAGGGAGUUCAGCAGCGACGAUGAGUUUGAAGAGUAUGAGCAAGAAAAUACAAAGAAACCAGGGAAGCAAGCAACAAAACCCGGCCUCCAGCCUGUCACUGUGUCGGAUGAUGUAAAGGAAAAAAUUAAACUUGAGUUACCUAAGGCUAAAGGGCAGCUGCUCGUUUUUGGAGCUACCAACUGGGACUUGAUUGGCAGAAAAGAAGUGCCCAAACAGCAAGCUGCCUACAGGAAUCUUGGACAGAAUCUGUGGGGUCCUCACCGCUAUGGCUGUCUGAAUGAUGUGCAGGUGAGCAGUGUAGCAUCUGGGCCAUGUGCUGCACACAGCCUGAUCAUAACCACAGAGGGCAAACUCUGGAGCUGGGGACGCAAUGAAAAGGGGCAGCUGGGCCAUGGAGACACCAAGCGACUGGAUGCCCCGAAGCUAGUGGAGGGUUUAGGGGAUGAGGUGAUUGUGGCUGCUGCCUGUGGGCGGAAUCACACCCUCGCUUUAACAGAAAAAGGUACUCUCUUCUCGUUUGGCGAAAACAAACUUGGACAACUUGGUCAAGGAACUCAGACGGACGCUGUUCUCACUCCAGCUCCAGUCAUGUACAACGGACAGCCGCUGGUUAAAGUGUCUUGCGGUGCUGAGUUUAGUAUGGUGGUUGACUGUAAGGGUAACCUCUACUCCUUUGGGUGUCCAGAAUAUGGUCAGCUAGGACAUAAUUCUGAUGGAAAGUUCAUAGCUCGUGCUCAACGAAUCGAGUUUGACUGCGAGCUCAUACCUCGACGAGUGGCCAUUUUCAUUGAGAAGACCAAGGACGGCCAGGUCCUGCCUGUACCAAAUGUCGUGGCUCGAGAUGUUGCAUGUGGUGCAAAUCACACACUGGUACUGGACUCGCAGAAGCGUGUGUUCUCUUGGGGUUUUGGAGGCUAUGGACGACUGGGCCACACAGAGCAGAAGGAUGAGAUGGUCCCUCGCUUGGUCAAGCUCUUUGAUUUCCCUGGCCGUGGAGCCUCACAGAUAUACUGUGGAUACCAGUGUUCCUUUGCUGUUAAUGAAAUGGGUGGUCUGUUUUUCUGGGGUGUGACAAACACAUCUCGCGAGUCAACCAUGUAUCCAAAAGCCGUGCAGGACCUUUGUGGCUGGAAGAUUCGCAGCCUGGCCUGCGGAAAGAGCAGCAUUAUCAUUGCAGCUGAUGAGAGCACCAUAAGCUGGGGACCAUCGCCUACAUUUGGAGAGCUGGGUUAUGGUGACAACAAACCCAAGUCCUCCACCACAGCUCAGGAGGUCAAAACUCUGGAUGGAGUGUAUUCAGAACAGGUGGUGAUGGGAUAUGCACACUCAAUGAUUAUUGCCCGCCAGGAAACGGACCAGGAAAAAGAGAGGCUUAAGAAGCUGCCAGAAUACAACCCACGCACACUCUGAUUGGACACAGUCCUUUCAUCAUUCUCAUGUUCUGCAGGGGCUUCUGUUUUUGACCCAGAAUACCUCUGCUCACUAGGUCAUCUGUGUAGUCACAGUUUGGUUGGGACGGGAUAUUUUUUAGGACAUCAGAUUUCAGGUUGCAAUGGGAGCUAUAUUCCAAAAUCAGUUUGAACAGCUGUAUGAAAGGAGCUUGCAAUAACUGAUCCAUGUGAGCUGGAGGUCCAUCACAGUAGCUCAACUUGUGGCUUCAUGCACCUGUUUUAUUACUACAGUAUCUGUAGCUGAGGGAGACUCCUUGCAUGGGUCUCUCCAAGCACUUAAACCCCAUUGGAUUUCUACUUCUCACUUCUACAUUCCUAAAGGAGGUUCAUCAAAGCAUUCAAGAUUUAUUAUUGCUAUUUUUUUGGUUGUUCAUUUUAUUCCAUGAAGCUGGCUGGGAAAGAACUCCCUGCUCCCUGUCUGCUUUUUUUCCAACAAUCGGUGCUAAAUCAUUUUGGUGCAGCCUGUCUUUGGGCUGAUAAAUUAGCUAUCACUGAAAAGACCCACACUCCAUACUUGUGCCUUUUUAAGUGAUGUAAUUCAGGCGGUGGAUGCUUUGUUGUCCCAAAGAUGACUUCUCCUCACUGUAAUUUGGGACCACGGUAGGGUUUCAUUGUUUUCAGUAUAAAGUUUUAUGUACUGUGCCAUCUGUUUGUGUUGAUCUGUGCUUAAGUAUUCGUCAUUCCAUUGUUUAUUAUAGUGAACUACCUGUAUUUAAGUAAUUGCAAGAAGUUGUAUGAAUUGUCCAACUACAGGAUGUAAGGAAGCAACAAGCUCUGCAUCGUGCUUUUACAGGAGAAUUUUUACAAUUUUUGUGUUUAAAUUUUUUUUGUUUGGAAAAAUGUAUGUUGAGGAUUUGGGAUGUCCAAUGUGUUAUUUUUCUUCCCUGAAAAUGUUAAAUAAAGGCUCAAUUAAGUUGGUAA